AAAGCAACCUGAUCCGGGAAUGCCUUGACAUUGGUGCAGAUUUGCCCAUGUUUCAAUCUGGGCUGGAAGCAGUAUGUCCAGCCCUGAAAUUGGGCUGUGUGCCACAGAUUGGGCAUUACAACAAUGGCCAGGACUACAAGCUGGCCCGGGUCCUCUCAGCGGUGCGUUUCAAUCGGGAGCCCCACGAGAAGAUCCCGCCCGAGGGCUUCGACCUCAUCAUGCGCCGUGAUGGGGUCAUGGAUGUCGAGGUGGUGCUAGCACUCUAUGACAUGCAGGACCUUCGGGACUGGCUCUACAAGAAGCAAUUGCCAUACUCGGUGAAUCUCCUCUUCCACCCCUGGCUCUUUGACCAGCUGCCUUACCGCAAGGAGGCAGAGGCUGAUGUUGAGGUGGCCAUUUUCGGUUCUUCGGGUGUCUUCCCGCUGGCUGAAGAGGAGGGCGGCCUUAUCAAGGGUUUCCGGAAGUUUCGGCAGUCGGUGUGGGUCAAGGACAAAGUCUACAUGUGCAUGGGCCCAGAUGCAGUCCGCUGCCGAAUUGAUCGGCACAGGCUGGUGUGCUCCUUUUGGUCCCUCUGCGUGCCAGCUGGCCAGGAGCGUGCCAUCGCCACCAAACAUGUGCUUCUCAACGAGAACGAGACGCAUAUGUGCCGCGAAGUGGCCGCCGCCUGCGCGGUGCUCUCGGAUGCCUCAAUCUCCAACAUCCUGCACCACCUGCAGAAGCUUCUCCAGUCGGUGCAGAAUGCCACUCACCGGCUCAGCCGCCUCAUGGGCCGCUGUGAGGGCGCCUUCGAUGGGAUCUGCCUGGAUGCCCGAGGUGACGGCACCAAUUGGAAUGCGGCGCCCUACAAGGGAGCCACGGAACCCAUGGAGGUGUGGGAGGAGCAGCUGAGUCUGUUGGACCGUACGGUGGAGAAGGGCCACUCCCCAGAGACCAGGCCUGCUCCGCUGCUCAGCGAGAUGCUUCGGAGACGAGUCUACGAGGAUCUCGGGCGGCGCAGGCGCAAGGGGAAGUUCCCACCGGAUGACGAAGAGACGAUCAACGUGGGCCAGAGAACCUUUCUCGCAGGCUGCUCAGAUGCAGAGCGUGCGCAAGCCGUGCACCGCGUGCUGAUUGAGUGCAUCCAAGACUUGGAGCGGCUCUCAGAGAGCAACGCGGAGCUCUUGUCCGUGGAAGGCGUGACCGUCUGACUCCCCGGGUGAGGAAGUGUUGCGACACGGGUAGGGCGAAGCGAAAUGUCAGUGUUCCCUCAGUGCUGAUCCUGAACA